CGCCGAGGAAAACGUUGCGCAGGUUCAAAUAUGGAACGUCGGCGGCGUGAGGGAGCGCGAGGGGGUGUGCGCGCGUGCGCGUGCGCGUGCGCGCCCGGCCGAGGGUGACGGGGACCCCGCCGGCCCGAGCAUCGCGCGCCGCAGCCGCGACCCCGCAGCUCCGCCCCCGGCCCGGCCCGGCCCGGCCCGGCCCCGGGCCCGCUCGCCCGCCGCCCCGCAUGGAGCUGUCAGCCAUCGGCGAGCAGGUGUUCGCCGUGGAGAGCAUCCGGAAGAAGCGCGUGCGGAAGGGUAAAGUCGAGUACCUGGUGAAGUGGAAAGGAUGGCCCCCCAAGUACAGCACGUGGGAGCCGGAAGAGCACAUCCUGGACCCCCGCCUGGUCCUGGCCUACGAGGAGAAGGAAGAGAAAGACCGAGCGUCGGGGUAUCGGAAGAGAGGCCCGAAACCCAAGCGGAUCCUGCUGCAGCGGCUGUACAGUAUGGACCUGCGCAGCUCCCGCCAGGCCGCGGGCUCGGAGAAGCUCUGCUUCUCGCUCGCGCGCCCGCCCGGCAGCGGGAGCCCCGAGGGGGUGGUCCAGGCGGGGGCGGCGCCCGAGCUGGUGGACAAGGGCCCCUUGGUGCCCGCCCUGCCCUUCCCGCUCCGCCACAAGCCGCGCAAGGCCCGCAAGCACCUGCGGCUGUCACGCAAGAAGUUCGCGCCGCGCGCGCCCGCGCCGGAGGGUCGCAGCCAUCCACCGCAGCUCUUCCUGCAGGAGCCCCCGGCGCCGGACGGGCUGCAGGCGGCCAGCGAGUGGGAGCCUGCAGCGCAGCCCCCCGCGGACGAGGCCGACGCAGACCUGGCCGAGGGGCCCCCGCCCUGGACACCCGCGCUCCCCCCGAGUGAGGUGACCGUCACCGACAUCACCGCCAACUCCGUCACCGUCACCUUCCGCGAGGCCCAGGCCGCCGAGGGCUUCUUCCGGGACCGCGGAGGCGGCGGGAAAUGCUGAGCCCCGUUUUUUUUUUGUUUGUUUGUUUUUUGGUUUUCUUAUUUUUUUUUUUAACCUUUCCUGAACUGUCUGCUUUGGGGCUGGGAGGGGGGGACUUCGGACACGGGAGGGGAUGGGGGCGGUGGAAUUACCUUAUUUAAGACCCUGGGGACGAGCGGAGAGGGGGAGCCCCCGUCCCCUCGUGCACCCCGUCCGCCCCUUCGUGAGUGACGUUUACAGAGUGGCCUGGGCUGGGCAUCUGCCACUCGGGGUGUCAGAGGGGCAGCGCGGGGUCAGGGUCGCCACCGCUGGGCCUGGGCUCGCAGAGCCUGGGGAGACCCACCCCCUCUCCCCACAGCCCGGCCCUUCUAGUUGCUUCUCCCUUCGCCUCCGUUUCUGGGCUGCCUUGCCCACUCCUGCUGGGCAGUCUGGCGCUGCCCCGAAAGGACAGCCGUGACCCAGGCAGGAGUGGGCUGGGGUCAGCCGGGCGCCCGCACCCACCACGCCCGACUCCGCCCGAGCCUCCCACGCGCCCUGAUGAGCGUCAGCGCAAGGGCGCGCCUCGGGCACCCCGCUCGCCUACUCCGUCCUGGGCUGGGGCUCCGUGCACACGUGUGUGCCUGUGAGCCUUCUGGCCUGCCAAGGCGCCCUGGCAGGUGUGUCCGGGUGUGCCCUGCAGGUGCGCUCCCAGAUGUGCCCCAAGGUGUGCCCCGCAGGUGUGCCUGGCAUCACUCCUUCCUUCCUCCCCAGGGUCUCUGUUCUCAGGUGACUUCAGCCCCCCCUCCCGCCCUCUAGGGCCCCCAGAGUGGCUGUGGACCGGAGGGGCCGCGCUCAGGGCUCACGCGACUCCUGUCCCCGCCCCUGGUUCCCGGGAACCGCAGCCUGCCGGGCAGGACCCUCUCUCUGGUUUGCACACCUGCCCGUGGACUCCCCCCGCUGUCGCUGGAGGGAGAAGGCCUGGGGGGGGACACCGGGCCGCAGAUCACAUGGGGUGGCGCUGUGUGGGAGCGGGUGAGCUCUGCCUCUCCCACUGCAGCGGCCUGAGGAAGAGUGGACGACCCCCCCCCCCGCACCCCCUCACGUCCCAAACCAAAGACAGCCUGCACCCUGUUUCUGCUCGGGUGUACCGCUGGCUAGAUCCCCCCUCCCUGCCCCCCUCCCCUCUUCCCUAGCUGUCCAGGUCAAUUCAGCGCUUCCAUUAGGGAUGGACACCCCAGCCAGGGGUGUACCUGGGGGGAGGGGCCCACCUGUCCGCAUGGGGCCCCAGGGAAGGGUGGGGGCCCUCCAGGAUUCGGGCUGCUCACAGAGGCCUGGGGCUUUGGGCCCUGCCCUGUUCCUGGGACCCUGCUGUGGGGGUUGCAGGUCGCUGGGGGGCACGGCUCAUUCCCGGUGGGUGCAGCAGCCCCUCAGGCCCCCACAGCCCCGGGCCCUGGAGCUGCUCCGAGUAAAGGGCUGUGAGGGUCUUUCCUGCCCAGGGUGGGGGCCGGGGACCCUGGGCCAGCAUCCCCGGGGUGGGGGUGCCACAGAUCCCCCACCCCACAGCACCCCAAAAGGCCAGUACCCUUGGGGGGGCUUUAGAGUGGCCAGCCCCCCUCCCUCCCCCAGCCCCCACCCGAUUUGAAUGUAGAGGGACCGGUUGGUACUUGGGUCGGUACUUGCUGGGAAGGGGUGAGAAGGUUCUCGGGCCCAGCGCCCUGGCCCCUGGCCCCUGGCCGAGCUGGGGACCGCGGCCCCUGCUGCCAACUUCCUCUUCCCGCCGGGAGGGGGCGCUGCGCCGGGUCGGCGCCGCGGGCCGGUGGGCGCGUCCUUUGCACAGAAGAGCGUCAGCUUCGUCCAGACGAAAUGAAUGUAGGGGGCGGGCGGGCGGGCGGGCCGGCGAGCGGGCUGGUGCGGAGCGCGGGUUUAUUUUUGUACUGAUAUUGGUAAGAGACUGUAUAGCAUCUAUUUAUUUAGAUGAUUUAUCGGCAAAUGGGCAACAUUAUUAAAAAAAAUACCAUUAAAGAUAAUUUUAAACAAGCUCGUGGGAGCGCAGCCGUUCCUUCCUGGGGCUGGAGCGAUAGCACAGCGGGUAGGGCGUUUGCCUUGCACGCGGCCGACCCGGGUUCGAAUCCCAGCAUCCCAUAGGGUCCCCUGAGCAUCGCCGGGUGUGACCCAAAAAGCAAAAAAAAAAAAAAAAAAAGACUACAACAGGGCUGGGGCCGGAGCAAUAGCAUGGCAGGGAGAGCGUCUGCCUUGCACGCAGCCAUCCUGAGUUCAAUCCCCGGCAUUCCAUAGGGUCCCCUAGACACCACCAGGAGGAGUUCCUGGGUGCAGAGCCAGGAGUAACCCCUGAGCAUCGCUGGAUGUGGCCCUUCCCCCCA